GGUGAAAGAAAAAACAGAUAUUACAAUACAUCUUAAGAAAUACUAAAAACAUAUAAAAACACUUUCAUCAUGUCCAAGCAAUUUGUUUCUUAUUUUAUGGUUUUGAUGGUUCUCUUCUCAGUGUUACUGGUCGUUCCUAAAACUGAGGCUCAAAAGAGAUGCAACAAAGAACUUAUGCCAGGGAAAGAAUGUUUGUUGGCAAAGUGCAGGCAAGUGUGUUUUAAUACGUUAAAAGGGUUCGGAACUUGCAUUGAGAAGCCACCAGGCUCUGAUAGUUAUACCUGUUAUUGUUUUUACAAUUGUCAAGCACCAUGAUUUCUACAACAGUCUACGAUGUAAAGUUAUACUUUAAUUUUUUAAUCUACAAAAAAAAAAAGUUUAAUUUACUCUUCUAUGGAUAACCCUAUUUAUAAUUUUACUUACAACUUAAAUUAUCUGUGAGUCUGUGAUCCAAGCCAAUCUAAAGUCCCAUAUAAUAAUUAUAUAUGUGCGUGACAAUGCUCACUAGAAAAGAUCACAUAUAUCUUGUGCGAGCAAGGAAAUAACAGACUACGAACAAUUAGGCACUUUUGUCUCGUUGUUAAAAAAAAAGGCACUUUUGUCUCAGGAAAGUGUAUUCCGUCUUCUUGUUUACUUUCACCAGUAAUGCGAUUACAUCAACACAAUGAUGUUUGCUUAUCUCGUUGGUUUCCCUUGUUAACUUUGGCCAUUCAUAAAGGUUUACUUGCUUGAAGUUCAAUCAAUACUCUCAAAACAGAUUCCUUCUGACAAAAAUUGUAUGAGCAUUUUACCAAAAAAAAAAAUUGUAUGAGCAUGACACACCCUUUGUCAUUUAGGAGACAUUUUAACAUUUCUAGACUAUUUU